AUGCAGCGCAUCUACAUGCACAGCAAUGAACACUUUGAAGUCAUCACCACUGUCCUUGCUCCUCAAGGGAGGUAUCGAUACAGACCAGAAGCUGAAAAGAUGGUAGUGGUGCACAGCUACAGACCCAACUGGCCAGAUGAGCUGGAGCUGUCUCUGGGUGAUGUUAUCCUGGUCCUGCCCAGACAUGAGGAGGAGAGGUGGUUUGGGCGGCUGCUGGACGGCCAGCAGGGCUACUUCCCCGCCUCCUGUGUGAUGGAGCUGAGCCAGGUAAAUCUCAAUCCAAAAGCCCUACGGAGGACUUUAUCUGUGAGAAGCUCAGCCUGGGACAAUGAUUCACGUGUACGCGGUAGACAUGGAAAUGGACACAUUCGGCAGGCACUCAGGAGGGGGAGUAGAGGAGGUGGAGGAGGAGGAGGAGUGGGGCUGGAUGAGGGCCAAGGCGAGAGCGAGGGCCCCUUCCUGGUGCAGAGGCCCCAGAUCCCUCAGCCUCAGCCCGUGGCCUCCCAACCUCAGACACACAGAUCCCCAGGCCUGCUCCACAGGAUCUUGUCCAAGUGCCGGAAAAAGAGUGAAUGCCAGGGAGCCACCAACGGGGCCUUCGAGGGUGACUAAGAGGCCCUCCUCUUUGUCCUGGAUGGCUGAGCUGAGUUCACUUUGGUGGGGCUGCAUCGGGGGAGUAUGUGGGUGAAUGGAGGAACUUCUGAAAUGUGAAAAGACAGGUCUUGAAUAUCCUGAUGUGGGCUGGUACUCAUUUCCAUACCAGGUACUCUUCACUUGGCGGCAUUUCUAGAAGCAAGAGGUUGGAUUGUGAGUGCACAAACCCAAAUUGGUGAUGUCACAGAAGGUGUUUUGCUCA